GAUAAGUAUAAGCCACAAAGAUGCAACGUGAAUAAGUUGGAUAUUGUACAGUGUAGAUGACUGGCUUCAGGUACUCUUUGAACACUUUAAUUUAUAUCAAUAUCAAUUGUUCUCAAUAAUUCAAGAAAAAUCUUAAUCAGGUAUACCACAGUGAACUACAUAGGCGUCAUCAAUAUCAUUCUUUGUUACAAUGCCAUUAAUUCUAUGCCACUGGUUUUUCCUAUUUUGGUGGUCAUUCGCCAUAGUUAUAUACAGUGAGGCGUCAGCUGACGUAAUGAAACAUCCUAACUGGUCGCUACUGGACGACGAACAGUGUGGAAUUUCAAAUUCGGAUCGAAUAAUAGGAGGAAAGAAUGCAUCCUUGGGUGCGUAUCCGUGGAUAACAAGAAUUGGUUACAGUAAAAUUUCUAAAAUGAGUACUGAAUUGAUUUAUCGUUGUGGAGGAUCCUUAAUCAAUAAAAUCUACGUACUCACAGCGGCUCAUUGCGUGGCUAAUUUGCCUGCAAGUUACAGGGUGUCUAGAAUAAGAUUAGGGGAACAUAAUACAGUUACAAAUCCAGAUUGCGAAAACGAUUACUGCGGAGAAGCAGUUCAGGAUUUGAAACCAGUCAAAAUAAUUGUACACAAGGGUUACAAUCAUGUUCCAUUUAAAAAUGACAUUGCUUUGAUACGCUUAGAAAAGCCCGCCAAGUUCAGCGAAUUUGUAAAGCCAAUUUGCAUGGUGAGAGAUGAGCUGUUGCUGAAAGACUUUCUUGGUCAGACUGCAGAAGUUGCUGGUUGGGGUAUAUACGACAUAAACGAUCCAAGACCCAGUACCAUACUCCAAACUAUCAGACUCCCUAUUGUGGAUGUUGAAAGAUGCAGAAAGGCCUUCAAAUCUCAUGCUGAUGUAGGAGAGGAACAAAUAUGCGUGGGUGGAGUAAUAGGACAGGAUUCAUGUGGUGGUGACAGUGGUGGCCCACUUAUGAAAGUGGAGUCUGUACAUGGACCACCAAAAUAUUUUAUCAUAGGUCUGGUAUCCUUUGGUGCUAAGCACUGUGGAGAAUCCAUGACCCCUGCUGUAUAUACAAAGAUGUCUUAUUAUUUAUCCUGGAUUCUGAAUAAUAUCUCAUCUUUAUUGCAAGUUAACAAAAUAUUUAAAAGUGGACACAGGAUGUGGUACCUCCUGGGGAAAUUGCUUUUACUAGAAAUUCUGCUCACGGACACGAUAUAUGCGCAAUUUCCCAGCAACGUUCAAUCUGAUUGCACAGCCCCUAAUAAUGUUCCUGGUAACUGCAUCAGUAUCCGAAACUGUCCGGCACUUCUUAGUCUUCUUCAGAGCCGACCACUGACUUCUCAAACUAUUACAUUGCUGAGACAAGUACAGUGUGGCUUCGAGGGUAGAGAUCCAAAGGUCUGUUGCGCUAGAACCAACGGAAAUGUCAGUCCACGUCCGGGUGGUCAGCAGAUUUCUCCAGGAACCGAGACACCACUGAAUCCGUCAUUAAAUCCAACCGUUGACUAUAAUUUGAGUCAGAAUUCUUUGUUGCCAUCUGACUGCGGUCGAGAUCUUUCUCAGAGAAUUGUCGGUGGAGAACGUACCGACCUGGACGAGUUCCCUUGGAUGACCCUGUUGGAAUAUACUAAGCCUAAUGGUCGUACCACGGCUUGUGGUGGAGUCCUCAUAAGCAGGCGGUAUGUACUUACAGCAGCUCACUGUAUCAAAGGCAAGGAUCUACCGAAGAGCUGGAACCUAGUGAACGUACGUCUUGGAGAAUACGAUACUGAAACAGAGACUGAUUGUAUUCAGGAUGGUGACAAUACACAAGUCUGUGCCGAUGAUCCUAUCUCUAUAGGUAUUGAAGAACAAAUUGCUCACGAGGGGUACAAACCAGCUUCCAGAGAUCAGAGGAAUGAUAUUGCUCUCUUGAGACUCUCCAGAGAUGUUACCUUUACUGAUUUUAUAAAACCAAUAUGUCUUCCGACCAAUUCGUCCUUCGGACAGAAACUGUUUGUUGCUGGUUGGGGUAAAACUGAAAGCAGAUCAGAAUCCAAUGUUAAGCUUAAGGUCUCUAUACCUAUUGUGGAGAAUUCAGAAUGCUCUAGGACCUACAAUAAUGCUGGUGUGAGACUUGGCGCUGGACAAAUUUGUGCCGGUGGUCAGAGGGGUAAGGAUUCGUGUAGAGGAGACUCUGGUGGUCCUCUGAUGUCUGUUGAAAGGAGUCAGGAUGGUACAGGAAAAUGGACGGCUGUUGGAGUUGUUUCCUUUGGUCCUUCACCUUGUGGUAUGCAAGGCUGGCCUGGUGUCUAUACCAAAGUCGCAGAUUUUAUACCUUGGAUACUCAGUAAGAUGAGACCGUAAUUCUGUCAUGAUGUAAAGACAUUCUGGAAAACUUAUUUUUCUCACUUUUUCUUAUAUAUUACGACUUUUUCAUACUAUUAUCUUGAUCGUCAAGAAUUGAUAUAUUCAUCAUAUACAACAGGUAUCCCGUAACUUGUACUUGAUUUCUUAUUUCAUUGACUGUGAUCCUUGGUCGUCAUCAUCUAGAAUUCAUGUGGGAUGCGUACCAUGUGUAUAUGCAAUUGAAAUAUCCUCGUACGUAAUUAACAAUUACGUCAGUACAAUAAUACUUAAGAAUUUUAUAUGUCGAUAUUUUCUAAGUCUGUCAUCAUACCACAGUGUGCUAUCUAUUGUACAUAGCAAACAAAAAUAAAUACGAUAAAAAUCUA